CGAGCCGGGUUGCAUGUAGCAGAGGCGAAGAUGGCGGCGGUCUCGGUGCCGAAGGGGAGCCUCUUGGUGCUCUUCUGCCUGGCUUGUCGCUUGCUUCGCGCCGCAGACGCCACCGGCCAAGCGGAGAAGGGGCCUCUCCUACCUCACCGCCGCUUCGAGUAUAAAUACAGCUUCAAGGGGCCGCAUUUGGUGCAGGCGGAUGGGUCGGUGCCUUUCUGGGCGCACACGGGCAAUGCCAUACCCAGUGCAGAUCAGAUAAGAAUAACUCCAUCGUUAAAGAGCCAAAGGGGAUCAGUAUGGACAAAAAACAAAUCUAUUUUUGAAUACUGGGAGAUUGAAGUGACCUUCCGAGUGACGGGCAGGGGACGAGUAGGAGCCGACGGCCUGGCAGUCUGGUUUACUGAAGGGCAAGGCUUAGACGGUCCUGUUUUCGGAGCGGCCGAUAAUUGGAAUGGCGUGGGCAUCUUCUUUGACUCCUUCGACAAUGAUGCAAAGAAAAACAACCCAGCGGUAGUUAUUGUUGGCAACAAUGGCAAGCUGAAUUACGACCAUCAGAAUGAUGGUUCCACGCAAGCACUGGCAUCAUGUCAGAGAGACUUUCGUAACAAGCCUUACCCUGUCCGAGCAAAGAUCAUCUACUACCAAAAAAUCUUGCAUGUAUUGAUAAACAAUGGCUUCACUCCAGACAGAGACGACUAUGAAUUUUGUGCCAAAGUUGAAAAUAUGGUGCUACCAUCUCAGGGGUACUUUGGAAUCUCUGCAGCAACUGGUGGUCUUGCAGAUGACCAUGAUGUCUUGUCUUUCCUGACUUUCCAGCUGACAGAGCCUGGUAAAGUAGCGCCUGCCCCUGACACGGAAAUCCCCGAGAAGGACAAAGAAAAAUAUCAAGAAGAGUUUGAGCAUUUCCAGCAAGAGCUGGAUAAAAAGAAGGAGGAGUUCCAGAAGGAGCACCCUGACGUGGAAGGGCAGAUAGCAGACGAUCUUUUUGAGUCAGUGAGUGACCGUGAACUGAGGCAAAUCUUCGAGGGCCAAAACCGGAUUCAUCUUGAAAUAAAGCAACUUAACAGGCAACUGGAUAUGAUUCUGGAUGAGCAGAGGAGAUACGUCUCUAUGGUGUCGGAGGAGAUUUCAAAAAGAGGAACUGGUGUCCCUGGCCAGCAAGGGCAGGUUUCCCUACAAGGAUUUGACACAGUUGUGAAAACUCAAGAGGAGGUACUGAGGCAAGUCGGUGAAAUAAGAAACUCCAUGGGAGAGACAUUGAGGCUAGUUAGUGGUGUUCAGCAUCCCGGCUCGGCUGGUGCAAUCUACGAAACAACUCAACACUUCAAUGACAUCAAGGAGCAUCUCCACGUAGUAAAAAGGGACAUUGAACAUCUAGUCCAGAGAAACAUGCCAUCAAACGAAAAGCCCAAAUGUCCGGAGCUGCCUCCAUUUCCAUCGUGUUUAUCAACAACACACUUCUUUAUGUUUGUAGCAGUCCAAACGGUGUUGUUCAUUGGUUACAUCAUGUACAGGAGUCAGCAAGAAGCAGCAGCUAAGAAGUUCUUUUGAUGGUCAGUCAUACAUGCAGAGCAGUUCAUGAGUUGCAUAUGAGGGAAAGUUUAGUGUUUAAAGAUGCGUCAAUAUUGUAAAUUAUUGAGUUUUGGAUGAAGUGAAUUCAGGAUUUAAAAUACGGUGAAAUUGACUGGCUGGAACAAAACCGCAGCAAGGUCUGCCCUUCCUUAGGUUCUGACAGAUGCUGGAAUAUGUUCUUUAACCUGUCGUUGAGGCAUUUCCCAGGUUAGAGAACCAGGACGUGAAGGUCCCUGAUUUAUUUUAUCAUUUUGGUCUGUGAGAGAUCUUGUCAUGAAAUAUUAUAUCAGAAUUUUUUUUUUGUGGGGAAGGGAGACUCUAAGACUGCGUUCCCUUUUUGAUUUUACGGAAAGAGUUGUAAAAAGUCAUUUAAUACGUUGCAAAGUCUAACUUUAAAACAACUAUGACCAGCAGAGGCAUUUAGUGAAGACAUCUCUAGAAAAAAAAAGUUACCAACAUUUGGAGAAUGUUCCUUUUGUGGAUGCAGCUGGAGAGAACAGGUUCAUCAGCCAUGUCCCUUUUUUUAGCAUGUUUUGGUAUACUACUUUGUACUCUGAGUAGACUUUUGUAAAAGUGUUCUUUAAUCCCUCUUCAGCGAAGAGAUCUUAACAUGCAUGACUUUAAAAUUCAUCCAGCUUGAUAGCAUACAGUCUAGUGGUGGUACUAAGUCUCUGAGCAUUGUUGCAAACCGUACAGAUGUUGCUACAAGACCUUCAGAGUGGCAGAGCUAUCCCCAAAACAUGGUGCAUGUUUAGCCAGGAACAUAAUGUGUAUAACCUUGACAGCAUUUUACAAACUCUCCCGUUAAUAAUCCUCCACCUCUUACUGAAGGGUAUUGUGUAUAAUCUACUCAUUGUAUUGUAUGUGUCUCCACCUGGAGUAAUACUAUCAUGUAAGUAUUUUGUUCUACAGGGGGGAAAAGGAUAAAGCAGAAUGUGAAUUCGCCCUGCCUGAUUUGACAUCUCUAACUUGUCUUUCCGUUGCCAUCUUCAAGGCUAAUUUUUAAAUGCCCAUAACAAUGUAACUGACUAGAGGAUGUGACCUCAUUCCAAAACUGAAGACUCAAAUAUUUGCAUAAAAAAUAACUUUCUGAAGGAUAACAAAAGGCUACUGCUGUCUGACCACAUUCAGUAUUACGUACAUUUGAAUGCCUUGCCCCUGACAUUUUGCAAGAACAGAUCUCUGCAACGUAUUCUCAAGUAGAAUCGUGUGUCUCUCCUUCCGGGUGGUAUCAGUCGCUCCGUGUGCUGGAUUGUAGGCGAAUUUUCUCAGUGAUGUCAAGUUGCUGUUUACCGCUCUGCUAAAAGAAGUGUCUGCUUCAAACUAACCCUUUCGUUUAAAACAAAGUCGCAAGUGAGAACAAGCAAACAACAGCAUCUUUCAAAUCAACCACAAUUGUGUUGUGCCACAGCUCGCUUGAAGUUCACACCAGCAAGUAUUCUAACAGGUGCCUUGGACUAAAAUGAAUACUAAAAGUUAGUGUUGUUUAAAAAAAAAAAAAAGUAUUUCCCCCCCUCCAAGGGAUUGUUUGUGUUUUAAACUUUCAGCUUUGGCUACCCACCACCAGCGCCAAUGAGGAGCCCACUUCCGUGACAUGUUACUUUUUCAGUGCAUUUUUUUAUGCUGAAAGGACUAGUUCUUUUGGGGAUAUUUCUUUCGGAAUAUACUUGAGGGGGUGAGAUAAUAUACCGAACAUCAGUUUAUAAAACAUCUAUAUUUGGUUUCUGCAUAAUGUGAACCUUUCCCCAGCUGUGACGUGUGUAAUUUGAGAAUUAAAAUACUGAAGCAACUACUGGUAUUGUAUCUUGCGUUCAGGAUGGAUAAAGCCAGAAUUUUGAAGACAUGCUGCAGGCUGGAAUGAUGUCUGUGAAAAUUUGACCUUUUUCGAAUGGGCAUGGACAAAAUACAAAAUGGACCUUUUCAAAAUAGCUGUAUCCCUUCUACUUUUCCAGUGACCCUAUUUGGCCUAUGUAUGUAUAAGCCAAUAUAGGCACACUUGAAGCUCAGGGGUGGUAAAGCCCAGCAUGUUGUCCUAGGCCCAUCUAGCUAUACUUCCCUCGAUUCUGGCACGGGGUUGAAUAGCGUGCAAAAAGACUAUCUCCAAACGGUUAUUUGCUCAUUGUUUCCUAUCCCGUCUCUUCCUCUGCCUGCAGGAUGUGUUCAUAAGUUACAGUCUAGUACAAGGCAGCUUGGGUCAGCAUUGCAUCGGUCUCUGUUAUGCACAUUAAUGCUGGUGGGGAAAGCUCAAAACAGACAAGGCUGAAUGACUCGGAUGUAUGGUUUGUGCAAGCCCUUUCUGCUGCUGCUGUCUUUUUGUAGAAAUGCAAUUGAAAGAGAAUUUAAUUGUACCAUCCACUCUUGUAAUGCUCUAACAAAAAGCUGUCCUGUUGUUUCCAAAUUCAGACAUUUGACAGAACCAGAAUCUUAUUUGAAUAAAUGCACAUAUUUUAGUA